GCCGGGCCCCGACCCAGGGGGGCUGCGCUGCCUGUAAGCCGCGGGGCUCAGGCGGCGGGGCCGGGCGCUGCAGCCGGGACAGCCCCCGCGGCGUCCCCGGCCCCCCCGCUCUGCCCCCCGCUGAACCGGCCCCGGAGCGCUCGGGGGUCGCGCCAGGGAAGGGGCCGGGGCGGGAUCGGUGGCCGCGCCUGCGGCCCGGGCGGUGCCGGUGGCCCGGGCGGUGCCGGUGCCGAGGGACCCGCUUCCCCUCGGGAGCACGGAGCCGCCUGCGCCGUGGGUUAAAACUUAGUCACGCCAAUGCCUGCCCCUAACCCGCCGCCAAGGCAGCGCCCUCCGGCUCCGCCAGUUCCUCCCGCUCCCCCGGGCCAGGCGGGCUCGGGCUGCCCCGGCCUCGCAGCCGGGCCGGGCAAGUGUCCGUGUGCUCCCGCCCGGUGGGGCUGCUGGCUCCGAGACCUGCCCGGUUCGCCGUCCCCCCCUGCCCCUUCCCGUGCCCCGUUCUGCCGGCCGUGCUGUGCCCUUACACGCUGGGGAAGCGGCUCUGCCCCUCGCAGCCAUCGGAGCCGCCGUCCUCCACGUGCCGCGCAGCCACGCGUGCCAGCGCCACUGUCCCGCACCGUUGUAGCUGAUGUUGACGCUGUUUGAGCCAAAGUUUCAUUUGGAGACUGAUCUGCAGAGAGGUGUCCCUGAAACAUGGCAGCCAAAUGGACGGGUGGACAUUCGACCUCUGUAUUGUGCUUGAAUGUAAACACGGAAGGCCUGGUGGCUUCAGGUGCGGAGAGAGGCGAGCUCGCGCUCUGGGACGGGAGAGGUGCCCUGGUGGGACAGCUCCAGCUCCCGAAGGCAGACGACGUGACCUCCGUGGUGUUCUCUCCCCGCCAUCCCGCCAGGCUGUACACCUCCCACGGAGAAACUGUCAGUUUGCUGGAUGCCCGAUCCCUCAAGGAGCCCGUUGAAGGCUUCCAUGUGAAUGAGGAGGAGAUCAACUGCCUCUCAGUGAAUGAGACCGACAGUUUCUUGGCUGCGGCAGAUGACUCGGGGGCAAUAAAGGUUAUGGACCUGGAAAACAAGAAAGUCAGCCGGUCCUUGAGACACUUAAACAUCUGCUCCUCUGUUGCCUUUCGACCUCAGCGGCCUCAAAGCCUAGUUUCCUGUGGACUGGACAUGCAGGUUAUGCUGUGGAACCUGCAGAAAGCUCGCCCCUUGUGGACCACAAACCUGCAGGAGUGUGAAAGUGAGGAAGACAGUCCACAGUCAGCGGGCCAGUUCUUUAACCCGCCGCUUGCACAUUCCCUGUCUGUCGCACCGUGCGGCAACAUCUUUGGCUGCGGAGCUCAAGACGGUAAAGUCAGAAUAUUCAGAGUCACUGGUGCCAAGUUUGAACGUGAGCUGGAGUUUCUAGGUCACAGCUUAGGAGUAUCGCAGGUCCUUUUUAUGCCAGAAGCGUACUGGUUGUUGACUGGAGGCAAUGACGGGAAAGUCUUGCUCUGGGAUGUCAGCAGUGACAUUGGAAAGCAGGAGCAAAGUCCAGCAAAAUCUCUGCAGAGAAGGAAGGCCCAAGCACCUGCAUCCACCAGAAAAGACAGAAAGCUCAACAAAGUGGCUUCAAACGCUAGAGUGUUACCAAAGCUAACCAUUGAGCACGGAGAGAAGGUGAACUGGAUCUCGUGCGCGUGGCUCAAAGGCUCCAAGAGAGUAUUAGUUGCUGAUCAGAGUAGUUCUGUAUCUGUGUAUCCACUGCCAGAAGCUUAGCUGCUGAGACGUUUAAAGAAAUUUGUGGGGCAUAAACCACUUCUUGGAGUGUUUGAAAUGACUCCAGUUGCAUCCACUGACGGUGAAUUGAACAGUGAAACCUGCUGCAUUCUUUGGAAGGGGAUUUGCUGUGUACUCACGCGAGGACUCGCAAUGUAACUGGCCUCAUGUUAAGGCUUUCAGCGGCUGUUUGUAUUCACUGCAGCCAUGUCUUGCAGGGUUGGCAGUUUGCUUCUUGAAUUUAAGUGAAACUGGUUUCAAUAUAUUUAGGGGUAAUACUAGUUCAUGACUAAGCUGACAUAAUUGAGGUUGGAGGAAGAAAAUCACGCUGACAGGGACACCCGCAAUGCUAAAUGAGAAUGCUGAGCAAUAACAGAGAUGUCUUUGGCUGAACUCCUUGCAUUUUUAACUAUAGCAGUGCUUUACAUUACUCUCCCCGUUAAACUGUGUCACAGUUAGCUUAAAUUGGCCAUAGUGGAAAUAUAUUUUUCAUUAGUUUGUCAGCAGCUGCAUAUAAGACUAGAGAAGCAUCAGUUAAUGAGUAAUCAAAUUAGUUUAACUGUCAUUGCCAAUUGGAUUUUUUCACACUGUGGUAAACAAAGGAGCAGGGGAAAAGUUAACAUCUGUUUAAUGGGUCAGCUGUCUUGUGCAUUUAGUUGUUUAUCCCAGGGGAAAAAUAACUAUUACAUUUGUCUUAAUAAAUGCUUUCUCUCUCACUGC